AUGCUUCCCUCACAAUUGAACGGCGCCAACGGCUCGCCAAAGCGAGCAAGCCUCUUUGGCCGCUCCUCACCAUCACCAGUGCCCUCACAGACACGACCAAAGUCUGCCAUUAUUACACCAUCCAAAGGCUUUGAGCUGAGCAAAGGGCACUUGCGCAACUCUUCCGUCUCACAAAUAUCCUCAACGUUAUCUCCGGGAAGCGCAAAUCGUGAGAGAUCCAACUCCGGUCGCAACAAUCCCGCGUCUGGAACCUUUGCACCGAGCUUCAUUAAGUCUGAAGAGCUCAGGCGCGGGGCUGAUCAAAUUCGCGGAUUAGAAGGCGAGAAUGAUUUCUCUGGCAACAAGUAUGUGUGGCUACGGGAUCCCGAAAAAGCGUUUGUCCGUGGUCUGGUCUUGGAAGAAUUAGAAGGAGGCCAGCUGCUUGUGCAGAGUGACGAUGGUGAUCAACGCGAAGUCGAUGCCGACCAGGUCGACAAAGUCAAUCCGGCUAAAUUUGAUAAGGCCGACGACAUGGCUGAAUUGACUCACUUGAAUGAGGCUUCGGUUGUCCACAACCUUCACACCAGAUAUCAGUCAGAUUUGAUCUACACAUACUCCGGCCUGUUCUUGGUAACGAUCAAUCCGUAUUGUCCGCUUCCAAUCUACACCAAUGAGUACGUGAAGAUGUACAAGGGCCGCGGGCGAGAGGAGACUCGACCCCAUAUUUUCGCAAUGGCAGAUGAGGCUUUCCGGAACCUUGUGGAAGAGGGCGAAAACCAGAGCAUUCUUGUAACUGGUGAAUCCGGUGCCGGUAAGACCGAGAAUACGAAGAAGGUCAUUCAGUACCUAGCAGCUGUCGCCACAUCCGAUACCCCAUAUGGUCGAUCAGGCACAAAGAAUCUGUCCAAUCUCUCCCAGCAAAUUCUUCGUGCCAACCCCAUUCUAGAAGCCUUUGGUAAUGCCCAAACGGUGCGAAAUAACAACUCUUCUCGAUUCGGAAAAUUCAUUCGCAUCGAGUUCUCGCGAUCUGGCCAAAUUUGCGGAGCAUGGAUCGACUGGUAUCUCUUGGAGAAAUCGCGCGUCGUGAAGCCGAACGCCACUGAAAGAAAUUACCACAUCUUCUAUCAGCUAUUGCAGGGCGCGGAUAAUAAGACCCGCGAAAAGCUCUUGCUCGACAACAUGCAAAUCGAGGAUUUCGCGUACACACGGGAUGGCAAUGAUUCCAUAGUGGGUGUUUCCGACCAAGAUGAGUGGAACUCUCUGAUUGAGGCUUUCCAUGUUAUGAACUUCUCCGAAGAAGAUCAGCUGUGCAUCUUGCGCACCAUUGCCGCUGUCUUGCAUCUCGGCAAUGUGACCAUUGCAAAGGAGAGUAUUCGCGCGGAUCAGGCCGCCCUUGGUCGCGAUGGGUACGCUAGUGUCGAGAAGGCCUGUCAACUUCUGGGCAUCGCCCCUGAGCCAUUCGUUGAGGGAUUGCUGCACCCACGAGUGAGGGCCGGUCGCGAGUGGGUGAAGAAGGUUCAGACACCGGAGCAAGUACGCCUAGCGCUCGAUGCUCUAUCUAAAGGUAUUUACGAGCGCGGCUUCGGCGAUCUGGUGACACGCAUCAACAACCAGCUUGGUCGCUCGAUGGCUGAUGACAACUAUUUUAUUGGUGUCCUCGAUAUCGCUGGUUUUGAGAUUUUCGACAACAACAGCUUCGAGCAGCUCUGUAUCAACUAUACGAACGAGAAACUCCAGCAAUUCUUCAACCACCACAUGUUUGUCCUUGAACAAGAGGAAUACGCCAGAGAGCAAAUUGAGUGGCAGUUCAUUGAUUUCGGCAAGGAUUUGCAACCGACAAUCGAUUUAAUUGAGUUAACCAACCCAAUCGGUAUUUUCUCCUGUCUUGACGAAGACUGUGUGAUGCCCAAGGCUACAGACAAGACUUUCACGGAAAAGUUGCACUCACUUUGGGACCGCAAGACUCCCAAGUAUCGCGCUGCUCGUCUCAAUCAAGGCUUUGUCUUGACCCAUUAUGCCGCUGAAGUCGAAUACACCACCCACGACUGGUUGGAGAAGAACAAGGAUCCCAUGAACGACAACAUCACGCGUCUCCUGGCUGAUUCUGACCAGAAACAUGUGGCGAGCCUAUUCUCGGAUUGUGCCGAAUCCAGUGAAGGCAGCGAAAAUCCCAGAAAUCGAGUGAAGAAGGGCUUGUUCCGAACCGUCGCACAGAGACACAAGGAGCAGCUUUCAAGCUUGAUGGCCCAGCUCCACUCGACCCAUCCCCAUUUCGUCCGUUGUAUCUUGCCGAAUCACAAGAAGCGCCCGAAGAUGCUGCAUGCGCCUUUGGUGCUUGAUCAGCUCAGAUGUAAUGGUGUUCUUGAAGGAAUUAGAAUCGCUCGAACUGGAUUCCCCAAUCGCCUGACCUUCGCUGAGUUCCGCCAGCGAUACGAGGUUCUCUGCAAGCACAUGCCUAAGGGAUAUAUCGAAGGGCAGAGUGCGGCUCAGAUCAUGCUGGAGAAGCUUGCUAUGGAUAAAGCCUGGUACCGUGUUGGCCGUACAAAGGUAUUCUUUAGAGCUGGUGUUCUGGCAGACUUGGAAGAGAAGCGAGACCAGCUUAUCCGCACUAUAAUGAGUCGCUUCCAAUCUGUCGCCCGAGGCUUUAUCCAGCGCCGCAUUUCGAACAAGCGGCUUUAUCGUGCUGAGGCCACCAGAAUUAUCCAACAAAACUUCCACUCCUAUCUUGAACUUAAGAGCAGUCCUUGGUGGCGGAUGUUCUCAAGAAUGAAGCCUCUGCUCGGAGACACACGCACUGCUAAGGAGGUCAAGAAAAGAGAUGAUCAGAUCAAGGCAAUGGAAGCAAAGAUGAAGCAAGAUCUGCUCGACAAGCAAAAGCUUGACGAGGAAAGGCGUCGUGUAGAGCUUGAGAUUCAAAAAAUCCAACACACUUUGGAGAGUGAACGUGCUCUUGCACUUGACAAAGAAGAGAUUUUCAAACGUUUACAAGACCGCGAAGGGGAGCUCACUGAGAAGUUGUCCGAGGCGAUUGCAGAUCAGGAGAAGUUGGAGGAACAGUUGGAUGACUUGAUUGAUGCCAAGAAGACUACAGAUGAACAGCUGCAGCUGCGCAUCACCCAACUUGAAAAGGCUGGUCAAAUCAUCCAAGCUCUGGAAUCCGAGAAGAAUGCCCUGCAAGCUUCGCUGCAAGAUAUUGAGAAGAGACUUGCCGAGGCUGAGGGGCAGUCCAUCGGCAAGAACGGUGAGAUCCAGGAACUCAACCGGGAAGUCAAGAUGCUUCAAAGUCACCUGAGCCUAAAGGACCGCAAGCUCCAAGACCUAGAGGCCAAGCUGUUGAAAACAGACCAAGACCUUGACGUGAAGCUCGCCACCACAUCGAAGGAGCUUGACAAGUCCAAGAAGCAGGUUCGUGAGCUCUCCGACGAGAAUCAGUCAAUUCGUCAACAGAUUAACGAGCUUUCGUCCACUUCAACCGGCUACGAGGAUUUGCUCCGUCGCAAGGAGAGUGAAAUGGCCAUUCUUAGAAAUGACCUGAAGAAGCAUGACGAAGAUAAGAAGUCCUUGGUGGCUGAGAAGACAUCUCUCUCGAGUCGUCAUGACAACAUGCAACAGCGUCUCCGUGAGGUUCAAGCCGAACGAGAUGCCAUGCGGGCAGAAAAGGCCCAAAUGGAGCGAGAAGCGGCUGAUGUUAAGAAAUUGCUGGACGAGAAGCGAUCUGAGGAUGCCGAAGCUGGGGAAAGCCGUCGAAUGCUGGAGCAGCAGGUCCAUGACCUGAAGGACCAAUUGUUCAAGACGGAAGCGGACCUUAGCCGUGAACGUCAGUCAAGAGACGACGUUCAAAUGCUUUCGGAGCACAAUCUCGCCCAGCUGAAUGAGAAGUACACCGCCCUCAAUGACUCCAAAAUCGAGAUCGAGAAAGCUAUGUACAUUCAACAAGACAGCCUGCGCCGAGCCACCGAGGCCCGUGUUGCCGCGGAACAGUCCCGCAAAGAGCUGCAAACUGAGCUGAUUAAGCUUCGCGAGAGGUUUGCUGAUGUUGAGAAUGCCCGCUUGAAUGCUGAAGCAGACAUAGAACGCAAGAUCAAGCAGCAGGCUGAUGAGCACAUCUCCAGCCUGCGGAGCGAUCUUGAUGAAAAGGUGCAGUUGCUUGAGGACAUCGAAGCCGAGCGCUAUCAACUUUCGGUUCGCGUUCAAGAACUUGAGCACGCGAUCUCAGAGUCUGACAAUUUCCGCAUCCGCCAUGAUCAGCACAAGGAACGUCUCGAGAGAGAGCUUGUUACCCUGCGAGGCCGACUGACUGCUUCGGAGAACGACAAUCGAUCGCUUCUGACCAAGAUUCAGCAGAAGAAUUUAGACAUUGCCCGCUCUACCUCGAAAGCUAGUGACAGCAACCGCGUCCGAUUGACGAAUCUUCAGAGAGAGAAGACCAAGCUCGAUGAGGAGAACAAAAAGCUUGAGCGUCAAUUAGGCGAGUCUCAACUUGCAAUCACGUCACUCGAGAAGCAGAAGGAGAAGCUAUUAUUGAGCCUGGAGGAUCUUAAUCAUGAGGUCCAGCGUGAGCACAAGACCAGCCGAAACGCGGAGAAGGCCGCGUCCACUGCCAAUAUCCAGCUCUCGGAAGCGAAUCGCAAUCUCGAAAACGAGCGGCAAUUGCGGGCUCAAGCCCAGGCGAAUACUCGGCAAACUCAAAAUUCGCUUGAUGGCGCUCACAAAGAGAUCGCUGAUCUCCACCGCCAAUUGAUUUUAUUGCACAGAGUCUUCGAGCCUGACGCCUCCGAGCCCACCCAGUCUUGGGAGGCUGUCCAGCCACACUUGUCGAAGCAGGUCGAUUUGGCGCAAAUUUUGGACACCGUACAGCACAAGCUCCAGGUGACGGAAGAGAAGUACGCGCGAGCCGAAAGCCAGCUUGCGGAGAUGCGCCGGCGUCAUACGGAUGAGAUGAAGGAGCUCGAUUCAAGAUACUCGACUUCCAAGCGCGCCCUGCUCGAGGAAAUUGACCAGAACGAAGUGGCCAAUAACCGCACGCCGGCGCACUUCAGGAAAAACUCUGAAAAUGCGGCGAAGAGGUACUCAAACCCGACAACUCCCAACAAGCGGUACAGCAAUCUGCAAGAUGGUGCUCCCGAUUCCACCCGAUCAGACAGAACGGUCGAUACCGUGGGCUACCAAAAGCGCAUGGAUACGGCUGCUGAGAUUGAAGAGCUUCAAAAUAAGCUCCAGAUGACAGAGAUGCAGAACAAGCAUCUUCAAAGUCAGCUCCAAUCCACUCCCAACCGUGAUAUCUGGCAGGACGAGAGUCCUUCCAUCCGUCGGAUGCAGCUCCUUGAGCGUGAAAACGGACGUCUUCACGAUCAGCUGGAUGACUCGGCUAAGAAGGUUUCGUCUCUAGAGCGAAGCAUCCGUUCGGGUCAGUUGUCGCUGCGCGAUGUCCAGGCCAAGUCACACGAGGAGUUGUAUGACCUGAUUAACUCGCAGGAACAGUCCCGCCGUUCUCUGCUCAAGGUUCAUAACGACACCAUCGCUGAAUACAGCGAGGCUAAGUCGCAGUACGAGAAAUUAAAGCGCAGUAAAGCCUCUUUGGAGGUUGAUCUUCGCGACGCUCGCUCUGAAGCUCAAGAACUACAAGCUGGCAGAGAGCACGAUGCAGCUAGUCGCAAUCAGCUUCUCCAGGAAUUCUCCGACUUGCAGAUUCGCCUCGAUGCUGAGACAUCCAGGACUGCCGAUCUUGAGUCCAGUCUUAGCUUGUACAAGAGCCGCUCCGACGACUACUUCAGCAAGCUCGAACAGGCCGAGAUUGCUGUUUUGAAGGCAACUCGCGCUGAGCAAUUUGCGAAGUCUCAAAGUCAAGAAGCCACGGAGACUUGUGCCCAGAUCAUGUCCGAGCGAAAGGAGAUGGAUGCGCUUGUUGAAGACUUGCAACGACAAACCCAGUCUCUUGAAGCUCGCAUGGAAGACCAAGCUGCAGAGCUUCAGGGCGCCCUGCAGGCCAAGCAACGCCUCCAGAACGAGCUUGAAGAUUACCGCAACCAGCGCGCUAUUGACCUCGAGGACAAGGAGACCUCAAUGGAGCAGACAAGACAAAAAUACCAAAGAGAGUUCUCCACUAUUAACAGUGAAUUGGAGAUGGAGCGUGAGCGCUUACUCAAUGUCCGUGGAGAGAACUCUCGUCUACGCGAGGAUCUAGAGAAGCUUCGAAGUAAGUGGGAUAACGAAGUUAUCAACAGUUCCACCUGGGCGAAGGAGAAGGGUCGCAUGGACAUGGUCAUGCAAGACCUUACCAACUCUCGCGACGAAGCUGCUAAGGCCCACAAUGAGGCCCAGAGCAAGGUUGUCUCGCUUCUCUCGCAGGUGCGCACUCUCCGUACAAACGUCGAUGAUGUGACAGCCGAGCGCGACUUGCUUCUCAAGGAUAAGAAGAUGCUCGAGGGUCGAUUGGCCGAGGCCGGCGAGCGUCUGGAAGAUCUUGCUAAAGGAGAGAGUCCUUCGAUGCGGAAUGCUGCCAGCAUGGACCGUGAGCUACUUGAGCUCAAGUCCAAGCUUGCUCAGCAAGAGGACCUGUCUACUGCCGCUGUUGGCAAAAUGCGCCGCGCUGAUGCUCUAGCUACCGAGAUCCAGAAGGAGCUUACUACCGAGCGGGAGACGAAUGCUCAGCUCUUCAAGGACAAAGCCGGACUGGAGAAACAGCUCAAGGAAUUGCAGCUCCGCUGCGUUGAUUUGGAGACAAAGAGCUACUCUUCUGGUAGCCAAGAUGUGCGAUUCUUGCACAAACGCAUCAAGGAGCUUGAAACUCAUCUCGAAGAGCAGGAGAACAAGAACAGUGCCGAGAAGCGCUCUCUACGCAACGUCGAUCGCACCGUCAAGGAUCUCCAAUCCCAGAUCGAUCGACGCGAUAAGGUGAACGCCCAGCUCAAUGACGACGUCAACAAAGCUAGGGAUAAGAUCGAACGACUCCUCCAAAACAUUGACGAGCUUCAGCAAAGCGACACCGAGACUCAGCUGCAAGCUCGCCGUGCUGAGCGAGAGCUACGCGAGGAACGUGAGAAGGCCCUGCGUCUGGAACGCGAGCUUGAAGGGCUGAAAGUAAAGCGAUUUGAGCGAAGUGGCACCCUCACCCGGGCCCCCAUGGCCGCACUGAGCGAUGUGGGCAGCCGACGAGGCAGUGCAGCUUACGGAUCUAAUGAUAUCCCUCAGCGACAACCCAGUAACACCAAAGGGUUCUUGUAA